AUGUACGAAAAUGAAGAAGAUCAUUUCGAGGAGGAAGAUCCAGAGGAGAUUUCGCACGAACUGUGGCAGGAAGCAUGUUGGAUCGUCAUAAACGCGUACUUCGACGAGAAGGGUCUCGUGCGGCAGCAGUUGGACAGCUUCGAUGAGUUUAUUCAAAUGUCGGUACAGCGUAUCGUGGAGGAUUCACCGGCCAUUGAGCUGACAGCCGAAGCGCAACACUCGUCCGGCGAAAUUGAAAAUCCUACCCGAUACCUGCUAAAGUUCGACCAGAUCUAUCUGUCGAAACCGACGCAUUGGGAAAAGGAUGGUUCCCCUUCGCCGAUGAUGCCGAACGAGGCGCGUCUACGCAAUCUGACGUACUCCGCUCCGCUGUACGUCGACAUUACUAAGACGAAGCUGGUCGAGGGCCAGGACCCGGUUGAGACGCAGCAUCAGAAAACGUUCAUCGGCAAGAUUCCGAUCAUGUUGCGUUCCACGUACUGCCUGCUCUCACAGCUAACAGAUCGCGAUUUGACUGAGCUGAACGAGUGUCCGCUCGAUCCGGGCGGUUACUUCAUCAUCAACGGUUCGGAAAAAGUAUUGAUCGCUCAGGAGAAGAUGGCCACUAACACGGUGUACGUGUUUAGCAUGAAGGACGGCAAGUAUGCGUACAAGACGGAAAUCCGUUCCUGUCUGGAGCACAGCUCACGGCCUACCUCUACGCUGUGGGUGAACAUGAUGGCAAGAGGCGGACAGAGCAUAAAAAAAUCUGCCAUCGGACAGCGUGUAAUAGCGAUCCUGCCAUACGUGAAGCAGGAAAUUCCGAUCAUGAUCGUGUUCCGUGCGCUCGGGUUCGUUGCUGAUCGGGACAUCCUCGAGCACAUCAUCUACGAUUUUGACGAUCCGGAAAUGAUGGAGAUGGUAAAGCCAUCGUUGGAUGAAGCGUUUGUUGUGCAGGAGCAAAAUGUGGCACUUAAUUUCAUCGGAGCUCGUGGGGCGCGGCCGGGCGUUACGAAGGACAAGCGUAUCAAGUACGCGAAAGAAAUUCUGCAGAAGGAAAUGUUGCCUCACGUUGGUGUGUCGGAUUUUUGCGAAACCAAGAAAGCUUACUUCCUCGGAUAUAUGGUGCAUCGGUUGCUGCUGGCUGCGCUCGGCCGACGCGAAUUGGACGAUCGUGAUCACUACGGUAACAAGCGGUUGGAUCUGGCUGGUCCGUUGCUGGCGUUUCUGUUCCGCGGGCUGUUUAAAAACCUGAUGAAGGAGGUACGGAUGUACGCCCAGAAGUUCAUUGAUCGUGGAAAGGACUUUAACCUAGAAUUGGCCAUCAAGACGAAGAUUAUUACGGAUGGUUUGCGCUAUUCGUUGGCCACGGGUAAUUGGGGUGACCAGAAGAAAGCGCAUCAGGCUCGCGCCGGUGUGUCGCAGGUGUUGAACCGUCUGACGUUUGCCUCCACGUUGAGCCAUUUGCGGCGCGUGAAUUCUCCGAUUGGACGUGACGGCAAAUUAGCGAAACCUCGACAACUCCACAACACACUUUGGGGCAUGAUUUGCCCGGCCGAAACACCGGAAGGUGCUGCGGUCGGAUUGGUAAAGAAUCUGGCCCUUAUGGCAUACAUUUCCGUCGGUUCACAGCCAUCUCCCAUUCUCGAGUUCUUGGAAGAGUGGUCGAUGGAAAAUUUGGAAGAAAUCGCUCCGUCCGCAAUUGCUGAUGCGACCAAGAUCUUCGUCAACGGUUGCUGGGUGGGCAUUCAUCGCGAUCCGGAACAACUGAUGGCAACCCUCAGGAAAUUGCGCCGUCAGAUGGAUAUUAUCGUGUCUGAAGUGUCGAUGAUUCGGGACAUUCGCGACCGCGAGAUUCGCAUCUACACAGACGCCGGUCGUAUCUGUCGACCGCUACUGAUCGUGGAAAAUGGGUCGCUACUGUUGCGCAAAAACCACAUCGACAUGCUGAAGGAUCGUGAUUACAACAACUAUGGUUGGCAGGUGCUGGUAGCGUCCGGUGUGGUAGAAUACAUCGACACGCUCGAGGAAGAAACGGUCAUGAUCGCGAUGACACCGUACGAUCUGAAGCAGGAUAAGGAGUAUGCUUACUGUACGACGUACACACACUGUGAGAUUCAUCCUGCUAUGAUAUUGGGCGUUUGUGCAUCGAUUAUUCCGUUCCCGGAUCACAAUCAGAGCCCGCGUAACACUUACCAGAGCGCUAUGGGUAAGCAGGCGAUGGGUGUCUACAUCACCAACUUCCACGUGCGGAUGGACACACUCGCGCACGUGCUUUACUAUCCGAUGAAACCGCUCGUAACGACACGCUCGAUGGAGUACCUUCGGUUCCGCGAGUUGCCAGCCGGGAUCAACUCGAUCGUAGCCAUUCUUUGCUACACUGGCUACAACCAAGAGGACAGCGUUAUCCUGAACGCUUCGGCCGUAGAGCGCGGGUUCUUCCGCUCAGUGUUCUAUCGAUCGUACAAAGAUUCCGAAAGCAAGCGCAUUGGUGACCAGGAAGAACAAUUCGAGAAACCCAACCGCCAGACGUGUCAGGGCAUGCGGAAUGCACUGUACGAUAAGCUAGACGAAGAUGGUAUUAUUGCGCCCGGGUUGCGUGUUUCCGGGGAUGAUGUUGUGAUUGGCAAGACGAUCACACUGCCCGAAACGGAUGAUGAUCUGGACGGUACCACGAAACGGUACACCAAGCGUGAUGGAUCGACGUUUUUGCGAAACUCCGAAACCGGUAUCGUUGAUCAGGUGAUGCUGACACUCAACAGCGAAGGUUACAAGUUCUGCAAGAUCCGUGUGCGAUCGGUACGUAUCCCACAGAUCGGAGAUAAGUUCGCUUCACGUCACGGACAGAAAGGUACCUGCGGUAUCCAGUACCGCCAGGAGGAUAUGCCGUUUACGUGCGAAGGCAUUACGCCGGACAUUAUCAUCAACCCACAUGCCAUCCCGUCGCGUAUGACCAUUGGGCAUUUGAUCGAAUGCAUCCAGGGAAAGUUGGGCUCGAAUAAGGGUGAAAUUGGUGACGCAACACCGUUCAACGAUGCGGUAAACGUACAAAAGAUUUCCACCUUCCUACAGGAGUACGGCUAUCAUCUGCGUGGCAACGAGGUGAUGUACAAUGGGCACACGGGGCGCAAGAUUAACGCACAGGUUUUUCUCGGCCCGACCUACUACCAGCGUCUAAAGCAUAUGGUGGACGACAAGAUACACUCGCGAGCUCGCGGUCCGGUGCAGAUACUUGUACGGCAACCGAUGGAAGGUCGUGCUAGAGACGGUGGAUUACGUUUCGGCGAGAUGGAACGCGAUUGUCAAAUAUCCCACGGAGCGGCACAAUUCUUGCGCGAACGUCUGUUCGAAGUGUCCGAUCCGUACCGGAUUCACGUGUGUAACUUCUGCGGGCUGAUCGCGAUCGCCAACCUGCGCAACAACACGUUCGAGUGCAAGGGUUGCAAAAACAAGACACAGAUAUCUCAGGUGAAACUUCCUUACGCUGCAAAACUCUUAUUCCAGGAACUGAUGGCAAUGAACAUUGCACCUCGCUUGAUGGUACUGUAA